AUGCAGUCCAUUGCAACCUUUCCAUUGAUUGAUAUUGUUUACUCACUGUUGGAAACUGCUAACACUUUGCAAUCAAAUUCUUCUUCAUCAAAUUCAAAUGGAACAAUAGACUCAAAUUAUGUCUUUCCGAACAAUAACACAUCUCUUGCCACCUAUUCUACGGGACAAAAUGUAAUGACACUGAUCGUGGAUGGUGUUUCUCUUCCUACCUUCUCCAUUCUCUUGGCAUUCAAGAUUAUCAGCUAUUUGGUUCAGUGGGUAAAGAAUGUGAAAAACAAAAGAUUGUUCCAAGCUGUUGCUAUUGGAUUAGCAGCUCUUCAACUAUUCGGUUCAACAACUGGUAUUGCAUCUGCAACAUCUAAUUUAGCACAAAAGAAUCAGGCAGUUGGAAAGACACUCCAAAUGCUCAACUAUGAAUGUAUUGUUCUGAGUGCAAGUUUAUUCUUCCUCUCUCAAUGUGUCAUUUCGAUUAAAUUGCACGAAUUAUACUACAAUCCAAAGAGAUACUGGAUGCAAGGAAAGGAAGGUGAGCAAAAGGCUACGCAAUCCAAAUUGGUCAAGUAUUAUACAUGGUUCGCAACUGGAUGUGAAAUUUUCAUGAUGUGUUUGCUGGUUCCAGCAAUUAUCAUUUGUUUGAGUGUUCCAUUCUCUUCCUCAGUUGAUGCUGAGAGAGCUUAUCAAGCCUCGUAUGGUAUUUUCUAUGCAUCCAUUGCUGUGGCUGGAGUCACAUUAAUUCUUUCAUUCAUUACUGGAAUAGUCAACUUGAUCUUGUCAAAUAGAUUGAGAAAUGAAUUGCUCAAUUCACAUUAUGGAAAAAUUACAAAGAAAAGAAAGACAGCUGCCAAGUAUAUUCCUGUUGUCAUUGUGGUUCAAACAGUGUUGGCUCAACUCAUUGUGAUCAUGUUAAUUCUAGCCUCAGUUUCCAUUUUUGUGGACUCAUUCCUCUUCAUUGCUGCUUAUACAGUUCAGAGAGCUGUAAUUUUUGGUUUUACAGCAGCAUUGAAAUAUAUUUACAAACCACUAGAACAAAUGGAAGACAAGUUGGGAGAUGAUAUUAAUCAUGAGAAGGAACCAGGUUGUUUUGGUAAAUUAUUGAUGAAAAUUGGUAACUUCCUAUCUUGUUGCGGAUCAAUGAAGAGUUGUUUCGAUGAGAAACCAGAUGAAGGAGAUGAUGAACAAGUUGAAACAAAAGGAUCUUCCAAGAAAAAGGAUGAAGAAUUGAAAAAUGUCUAA